AUGGCAUCGGCUGCGCCGGCGACGGGGCCGGCGGCCCCCUCUCACAAGCCCAAGACGCUCAUCGUCUGUUGCGACGGCACCUGGGUCAACGCCACGGCAAAAGCCAGCCGCAACGCACCGCCGACCAACAUUUCGCGCCUCAUCCGCGUGCUGCAGCCGACGUCGCACGACGGCGAGGCCCAGAUCGCGCUGUACCACGCGGGCGUCGGCAGCAGCGGCGAGUUUGUGGACGCGUCGCUGGGCGGCGCGUUUGGGUUCGGGCUGGACCAGGACAUCCGCGACCUGUACCAGUUUGUGUGCCUCAACUACCAUGGCGGGGACCGCAUUGUGCUGGCCGGCUUCUCGCGGGGCGCGUUCACGGCGCGGUCGGUGGCGGACCUGAUUGCGUCCGUGGGCCUGCUGACGGCCGCCGGGGUGGACCGGUUCUACGACAUCUUUGACGACUACGAGAACAUGGCGGACCCGAAGCGGACGCCGCAGCAGUUCAUCUGCCCCGUGGGCACGCUGGAGGCGUUUGCGGGGCAAAAGGGCGAGGCCUGGAUCGAGUGGGAGAACCGCCGCAAGACGCAGUACCGGGCGUGGCUCAAGGCCGGCGGGUACACGGUGGACAGCUACCGGAGACCGUCCGAGUCCGGGUCCGAGGCCGAGGCUGAGACCGAGGUCGAGAUCCGCAUCGCGGCCGUCGCCGUGUGGGACACCGUCGGCGAGCUGGGCAUCCCUGCCGUGCCGGUGCUGGGCCUGCACGGCAGCGCGCGCCAGUGGAAGUUUACCAACACGCAAAUCUCGGCCAAGGUCGAGAACGCGUUCCAGGCGCUGGCGCUCGACGAGCCGCGCUACGCGUUUCUGCCGUCGCUGUGGGAGCGCCUGCCGGGCAACGACGUCACCAACCUGCAGCAGGUCUGGUUCCCGGGCGCGCACUCCAACGUGGGCGGCGGCUACGCCGACCAGCAGCUGGCGAACCUGACGCUGGCGUGGAUGUGCGACCAGCUGUCGGGCGUGGGUCUGGCCUUUGACGAGUCCAUGCUGGCCGAGGUGUUUAUGGACGGGCUGCGGUACAGCGCCGUGCACCCGUAUCCGCAGGUGCCACUCGACCUGGCCUACGGCGGCCUGUCUGGGCUGAGUGGGAAAGGCGCCGCACUCGUGUCGUCGCUGUUCUCCAAGGACAAGCGGCGUGGCGAGUUGUCCAGGACGCAGUCGAGGCGGAGCACCGGCGUUCUCCCGUGGGCGAACGCGGGGGUGAUGGGCGACGUGGCGGUGGCGGCGGCCCGGACGGCGGUGCGGGACACGGCCGACUGUCCCAGCAAGUACCUGCACAACCACCCGGCCGCGGUCCCCGCGGACCUCUGGGCGCGCGGCGCACGCUCCUGGGCGCUGGGCCAGAGCCGCAAGCCCACCAGUCUGAUCCAGCGCGCGGGCGGCCUGACGGUCCGCAAGCCCGCGCAGUUUGUGCGCGUCGACCCGGCGUCCAACAUCGCGCAGCCGGACCAGCCGCUCGUCGGCACCAACGAGCGCAUCCAUGCCAGCGUGCGCGUGCGGCUGUCGUGCGGCGGCCUGUCCAUGGACGACAAGACCACGUGGACGUGCAAAGGCCUGACGGGGCGGAAGCCGCUGCAGGACGACUUUGACGACGGCAGCAGCGACGUGAGCAGCAGCGACGACGGCCGCGAUGCGCCGCCGCUGUGGACGCUCAAACGAGUGGACGGCGUGGCGGAUGUGGCGGAUGUGAGCAAUGUGGGCGGCAGCGACGCCGGUGUCGAGGGAGGCGCGUACUAUCCCCUCAGCAAGGUGGCCGGCGCCGGCACGUGGCAGUGGGUGUACACGGGCCACCCGGUCCGACCGAAGCAGUUUGACGUCCACAGCAACAACCAGAUGUCGACGGCCCCGGUGGCACGCGUUCUGCCCGAGGCGCUGCCCACGGGCCGGUGGGAGCGGCUGCUGCUGGGCCUGACGGUGGGCAAGCCGGACGUGCUGGCGUGGGCGGCGGCCAAUCCGUACAAGAAUGCGUGA